CUCAACGCCGCAGACCGCAUCACGGCAGCAGAUAGAUAAAUGGCAGCGCUGCUCGUUCUCGAGCAUCUUCUGGCAGAUGCGACCGCAUUGCACUCUUCUCGAACAGAUCCCUGCCAAUGUUGCUCACUUCCACGUUGAGCUCGACGGCGUGCUCAGAGUAGACGGCCUGAGCUGCGGCAGCUCCACCAGCGGAUAAUUUUACCAGCAUCAUUGCCCAAUCCUUUCCCAUAUCGUUCACCACGGGUUUCUUUAGCUAACGGAAUUAUGUUUCGCUUCGCGAGGACUCUUAUAACCUCCUCACCUCUCUCCCGAACCGUCACAAUGUCCCUCUCUUCUGCCCGCCAAUACUCCUUCCAAGUGUUUCGCGAUGUCCCUCCCCUCCGCCAAUUCAGACGGCAGCUGCUGCUCGAAAACCGGUCCCUGGGUUUCGUCCCAACAAUGGGCGCCCUCCACGAAGGCCACCUUUCCCUGAUCCGACAAGCCGCUGCGGAGAACACAGACGUCUUUGUUAGUAUAUUUGUCAACCCCACGCAAUUCGGAGUGAACGAAGAUCUGGACAAGUACCCGCGCACCUGGGACAGCGACGUCGCCAGGUUGGAGGAAAUCAACGAUGAGCUCUCUCGGGACACUCAGAAUGGACGGGUCACUGGUAUUCUGGCACCCACGCCACAAGUCAUGUACCCUACCAUGCCACCUUCGUCGGAAGUGGACGGACAUGGCUCUUUUGUUACAAUUACUCCUCUUGCGCAUAAAUUGGAAGGUGCCUCUCGUCCCGUGUUCUUCCGUGGUGUCGCGACGGUUUGCACGAAACUGUUCAACAUCGUCCUGGCCGACCGGGCCUAUUUCGGACAGAAGGAUGUCCAGCAGACGGUGAUCAUCAAGCGCAUGGUCAAGGAUUUUCACAUUCCCACUGAAAUCCGCAUUGGCGAUACCAUACGGGAGCAUGAUGGGUUGGCGAUGAGCUCGCGCAACGUAUACUUGGGAGCCCGGAGACGAGCGGUUGGUCUUGUCUUCUACAAGGCAAUGAAGGCUGCUGAAGCGGCAUACCAAUCGGGCAAAACUAGCCGUGAUGACGUUCUCGGGGCUGCAUUUGCUGUGGCCAACCAGGUGCUCGCUGAGCAGCAGGCCCUGCAGCCGUCUGAGAGAGCGCUUUACGAGGUGGAUUAUAUCUCUCUUGCUGAUCCUGAAGACCUGGAAGAAGUGCAAGUGGUUGACCCAUCUAAGGGUGCCAUUCUGAGCGGUGCUCUCAAGAUGGCUCCUCUUGAGGCGGCUAAGCCGGAUGAAGACCGCGGUCUGGGUGACGGGCAGGUUCCUGUCAGAUUGAUCGACAAUUUUGUUUUGAACCCUCGUGUCUGAGCAUUUGAGCGUGCACUUCUUAUCUGUCUUAGACUGUAAAUAACCCUGGAUUACUAGAAACAUAUCUUUUUCUCUAUCUGUCCUGAACAAUUCCAUGACU